UUUAUUUCAGUGUAGAAGCAGCUGACAAUUGGACCAAUGGGCACAUACAUGCUGUGGAAGACUCCUCCUCUCUUAUGGAAAUGGGGCCCUGAUUCCGGAACCCAUUUAUGCUCAACGUAGAUCUUAUCUCUAUAAAUGAGGAAUCAGAUCUUCACUUUGGAGACACUCCCUUAGAUCUUCUUGAGCUGUGAUACGAGAUGGCAAUGGUGUUAGAGUUUUUCGUAAAUAUGUUCCUCCAAAAGAUAGCCAACUUCGCGGAGGGAGAGAUAAGCAAAGUGCUAUGCGUGGGGGCGGAGGUCAAAACUCUGGAGAGAAGGUUGACGAGGAUCAAAGGCUUUCUUCGCACUGCAGAGCAAAGGAGGCAUGUAGAUCCGGACAUGGACACCUGGGUGAGGGAGUUGAAGGAUGUCAUGUACGACGCCGACGAUAUCAUCGAUCUUUGCAUCUUCGAAGGUGGCAGCUUGCUGAAGAGUCGGACAUCGACGACUUUUGCGGUAUGCAAUCCUUCCAGCUCGCGAAGUUGUUCUUUCUUUAGACCUAUCAAACACCGCCAUGAAAUCAGUGAUAGAAUAAAAGGACUUAAUGAUAGGCUGAUUGAGAUCACGGAAAAUAUAUCUACUAUACUUAAUGUAAAGAUCGUCAAAAUAGACCGCCCACUUCACCCAGAAAGAUCUCGUGAGACAUCUUCCAUAGAGGUCAAGGCAGACAUCAUAGGAACCCAAAUCGAAGGCGCUGCCCAAAAUCUGAUCAACAAAAUACUAGCGGUCAGUGAGAAUCGAAAGUGUGUUGUUUUUGGGAUUGUCGGGAUGGGUGGGAUUGGGAAGACCACUCUAGCGCGUAAAAUAUUCAAUGAUGAAAGGAUCAUACAAAACUAUCCGAUUCGAGCAUGGUUGUGUGUCACAAAGAACUAUUCAGAGACUGAUUUGCUCAAAGAAAUGAUUAGAAGCGUAGGAGGAAGUGUCGAAGGAGCUGAGAGUAGAGCGGAACUUGAACCUAAACUUGUUUCCCUCCUAUCGAGAAAUUUGCUUCUGGUAUUAGACGAUGUCUGGAGUGCAGACGUAUGGGAAGAUUUACUCAAGAACCCUUUGAUGCUUGGAGCAACCAGUAAUUGUAGGAUCGUAGUUACCACUAGAAACGAAAACGUGGCAAGAAAUAUGGGAGACAACGUUCAUCAUGUUGAGGAAAUGGAUGAAGAGUGUGGCUGGGAAUUACUGUGGAAGACGGUUUGGGAUCAUAGAGAGAAGGGCGAUCGUUCUAGAUUCAAAGAAAUUGGAACUAAAAUGGUUCAAAAAUGUGAUGGACUUCCUCUCGCAAUCAAGGUUCUUGCGGGGGCUUUAAGAUCCAAGAGAAGUCCGAUGGAGUGGGAAAAGGUUCUCAGAAGUGAUCUAUGGACGAUGAAGAAGCUCGAUGAGAAAAUACCGGGGGUUUUGUACUUGAGUUAUGAAGAUUUACCUUCUCAUCUUAAGCAGUGCUUUCUGCUUUGCUCUUUGUUUCCCGACAAGGCUCAUAUGUACCGCAAGGAUCUUAUCCGUCUUUGGGUGGCUGAAGGUUUCACAGAGGUGAACGGAGAUCUAACGAUGGAAGAGAUAGCCGAGGGUUAUUACGAGGACCUGAUCUGGCGAAACCUACUGCAGGUGGAUCCUACCUUUGUAGACGGCAGCAGAUGCACCAUGCAUGAUCUUUUGAGAUCUCUUGCCCAGUUCUUGAUCCAAGAAGAAGGCGUCUAUGUCAGUGAUCUCCCAUCAGUGAAUACGACGAACCCAUUAACUAAGCUUCGUCGAUUGUCAACGUCAAACAUAGGGGAGAGAGUAGAGCUCCCCAGUAGAAUCAUUGAAGAGAAGUGUUUAAGAUCUUUGCUCAUCUUUGAUAGCCCUCGUGCCCGUACAAUUGGAGAUGAUCUGUUUAAAAAGCUAAGGAAUCUGAGAGUCUUGCUUCUGAACGACACAUCCAUCGAGAGUCUUCCCAAGUCCAUCGGAAAACUAUCACAUCUUAGGCACUUGGAUCUUGAUCGAACAAAGAUACGGGAGAUCCCCGAGUCUGUGGGGGGGCUUCGGAAUCUGCAGACUUUGAGCGUCUCGGGCUGCAAAUCCAUGAGGAAACUUCCGAAGACCAUCACGAAGCUGUACAAUCUACAAUGUCUUCGACUGCAGGACACUCCAUUAACAUCGUUGCCAAAGGGAAUGGGGUCGCUGACAAAUCUCAGCGAGCUUGACGCGUUCAUCGUCAGCGAUGAAGGUGACUUGAAGGAGCUGCAACCUUUGUCCAAGCUGAGUUCUCUGAGCGUAUACAGGUUGGAUAGGGCAACAACAACAGGAGAAUCUGUACUUGCCAACAAAUCUUUUCUCAGGCAAUUGCAUCUAUUCUGCAUGAGUCCAGAUCGAGCGCAACGCACCGUGGAGCAAAUCGAAAGAGCUCGGAAGAUAUGCCAUGGACUCUGUCCCCCACCAAGCCUGCGGUAUCUUUCUAUCAAAUUCUUUCCCGGUAAUUGUUUUCCAAGAUGGAUGAUGUCGUCUUUCCUGGACACUGGUUUCCCUCGGCUGUCAUACUUGAGCAUUCAUGAUCUUCCAUCAUGCUCGAAGCUUCCUCCGCUGGGCCUGCUUCCGGAGCUAAAGUUCCUAUCCAUUAAAGGGGCAAAUGCAAUCAUAACCAUUGGUGCUGAAUUCCUCGGCGACCGCCAGAGUUUACGGGGACUUCCGGCCUUUCCCAAGCUUGAGGUAAUGCAAUUCGUAAACAUGCCCAACUGGACAAAAUGGUUGACAUUAGUGCAAGAGAGAACCAUGCCCCAACUGAGUUCAAGGGCUCGGGCCUGUUUAAGAAGUUUGACAGUCUUAUAUGCAAAGCCGGACUCACGUCCAGAACCGUGCGAUCCACGAUCUGAGCUAGAUCUGGUCGGAAGUCGAGACCUUCAUUUUACCAACUCCGACCUGUCACGUCGUCAAAAUCCUGUCAGGCUUCAGACAAGCGAGUCCCCAGCUGAUGAUAGCAGACGCAGCAGCCAUCGUAAGCUGCUUCCUAAUCUGAAGGAGCUCUGGCUCGUCGACUGUCCCAAGCUGGGAGCCCUUCCGGAAGGCCUUUGCCCGACCAACUUGAAGUUACUCCAUAUGGAGGGCACUCAUAGCUUUGGAGAAAUCAAGAACCUCGACUUCCUGACUGACAACCUCACUGUGAAGCAUAACAACAGCUUGCGGCGUAUAUCAAACCUUCCUUCAUUGAAGUAUCUGCAAGUGGAUGACUGCCCCAACUUGGAGUACGUGGGAGAUCUGGCUGGCUUGCAACACCUGCAUCUGUCUUGUCCCCCACCAGCGCAGUCCCUGCCGCCAUGGCUGUCGGAUCUCGUGGAGCAGCAGCGCAGUUUCAGAAAGCUUGAGCUGCAGUGCAGCUUGCCAUUGUUGAAGAGGUGUCUCAAGGGCGAGGUCAACUGGCGGAUCAUCCGCCAGAUACCGGAGGUCAGGAUCCGGGCCACCGAUGCCAACGAGUUCAUUUGGUAUAACAAGGAUCCAUACAUGUACGACACCAACGAUUACUCGGAAGUCUUGUGCUUGCUUGGUCUAUCAGACAAAUUAGUCGUCGUCGUCGUCUGUGUAAGAUUCCGGAACCCAUUUAUGCUCAACGUAGAUCUUAUCUCUAUAAAUCAGAAAUCAGAUCUUCACUUUGGAGACACUCACUUAGAUCUUCUUGAGCUGUGUUACGAGAUGGCAAUGGUGUUAGAGUUUUUCGUAGAAAGGUUCCUCCAAAAGAUAACCAACUUCGCGGCGGGAGAGAUAUGCAAAGUGCUAAGAGUGAGGGCGGAGGUCGAAAUGCUCGAGAGAAGGUUGAAGAGGAUCAAAGGCUUUCUUCGCACUGCAGAGCAAAGGAGGCAUGUAGAUCCGGCAACGGACACCAGGGUGAGGGAGUUGAAGGAUGUCAUGUACGACGCGGAUGAUAUCAUCGAUCUUUGCAUCAUCGAAGGUGGCAGCUUGCUGAAGAGUCGGGCAUCGACGACUUUUGCGGUAUGCAAUCCUUCCAGCUCGCUAAGUUCUUCUUACUUUGGAUCUAUCAAACACCGCUAUGAAAUCAGUGGUAGAAUAAAAGGACUUAAUGAUAGACUGGAAGAGAUCACGGGAGAUAGAUCUAUAAUACCUGAUGUAGAGAUCGUCCAAAGAGGCGUCCCACUUCACCCGGUAAGAUCUCGUGAGACAUCUUCCAUAGAGGUUAAGUCAGACAUCAUAGGAACCCAAAUCGAAUGCGCUGCCCAAAAUCUGAUCAACUCCAUAGUAGAGAACAGUGAGAAUCCAAAGUGUGUUGUUUUUGGGAUUGUCGGGAUGGGUGGGAUUGGGAAGACCACUCUAGCGCGUAGAGUAUUCAAUGAAGAAAGGAUCAUACAAAAGUAUCCGAUUCGAGCAUGGUUGUGUGUCACGAAGAACUAUUCAGAGACUGAUUUGCUUAAAGAAAUGAUCAGAAGCGUAGGAGGAAGUGUCGAAGGAGCUAAGAGUAGAGCGGAACUUGAACCUAAACUUGUUUCCCUCCUAUCGAAAAAUUUGCUUCUGGUAUUAGACGAUGUUUGGAGUCCAGAGGUAUGGGAAGAUUUACUCAAGAACCCUUUGAUGCAUGAGGCAGCCAGUAAUUGUAGGGUCGUAGUUACCACUAGAGACGAAAACGUGGCAAGAAAUUUGGGAGACAAUGUUCAUCAUGUUGAGAAAAUGGAUGAAGAGUGUGGCUGGGAAUUGCUGUGGAAGACGGUUUGGGAUAAUAGAGAGAAGGGCGAUAGUUCUAUAUUCAAAGAAAUUGGAACUAAAAUGGUUCAAAAAUGUGAUGGACUUCCUCUCGCAAUCAAGGUUCUUGCGGGGGUUUUAAGAUCCAAGAAAAGUACGAUGGAGUGGGAGUGGGUUCUCAGAAGUGAUCUAUGGAAGAUGAAGAAGCUCGAUGAGAAUGUACUGGGGGUUUUGUUCUUGAGUUAUGAAGAUUUACCUUCUCAUCUUAAGCAGUGCUUUCUGCAUUGCUCUUUGUUUCCCGACAAGGCUGAUAUGUACCGUAAGGAUCUUAUCCGGCUUUGGGUGGCUGAAGGUUUCACAGAGGAGAACGGAGAACUAUCGAUGGAAGAGAUUGCCGAGGGUUAUUACGAGGACUUGAUCUGGCGAAACCUACUGCAGGUGGAUCCUACCUUUGUAGACGGCAGCAGAUGCACCAUGCAUGAUCUUUUGAGAUCGCUUGCUCAGUCCUUGAUCCAAGGAGAGGGUGUCUAUGCCAGUGAUCUCCAAUCAUUGAAUUCGGACCCAUUAACUAAGCUUCGUCGAUUGUCAACAUCAAACAUAGGGGAGAGGAUACAGCUCCCCGACAGAAUCGUUGAAGAGAAGUGUUUAAGAUCUUUGCUCAUCUUUGAUAGCCCUCGUGCCCGUACAAUUGGAGAUGAUCUGUUUAAAAAGCUAAGGAAGCUGAGAGUCCUGCUUCUGAACGACACAUCCAUCGAGAGUCUUCCCGAGUCCAUCGGAGAACUAUCACAUCUUAGGCACUUGGAUCUUGAUCGAACAAAGAUACGGGGGAUCCCCGAGUCUGUGGGGGGCCUUCGGAAUCUGCAAACUUUGAGCGUCUCGGACUGCAAAUCCAUGAGGAAACUUCCGAAGACCAUCACGAAGCUGUACAAUCUACAAUGUCUUCGACUGCAGGACACUCCAUUAACAUCCUUGCCAAAGGGAAUGGGGUCACUGAUAAAUCUCAGCGAGCUUGACGCGUUCAUCGUCAGCAAUGAUGGUGACUUGAAGGAGCUGCAACCUUUGUCCAAGCUGAGGUCUCUGAGCGUAUACAGGUUGGAUAGGGCAACAACAACAGGAGAAUCCGUACUUGCCAACAAAUCUUUUCUCAGGCAAUUGCAUCUAUUCUGCAUGAGUCAAGAUCGAGCGCAACGUACCGCGGAGCAAACCCAAAGAGCUCGGAAGAUAUGCCACGGACUCUGUCCCCCACCGAGCCUGCAGUAUCUUUCUAUCAAAUUCUUUCCCGGUAAUUGUUUUCCGAGAUGGAUGAUGUUGUCUUCCCUCGACACUGCUUUCCCCCGGCUGUCAUACUUGAGCAUUCAUGAUCUUCCAUCGUGCUGCGAGCUUCCUCCACUGGGCCUGCUUCCAGAGCUAAAGUUCCUAUCCAUUAAUGGGGCAAAUGCAAUCAUAACCAUCGGUGCUGAAUUCCUCGGCGAUCGCCAGAGUUUACAGGGAUUUCGGGCAUUUCCCAUGCUUGAGGUAAUGCAAUUCAUAAACAUGCCCAACUGGACAAAAUGGUUGACAUCAGCGACAUCAGUGCAAGAGAAAACCUCGCUUGCACGGAUUGGAAGGCGUCUGCCCCGUUCAGCGACUAUCCGCCGAGCAAUACCAGAUUCAAGUCCAGAUCCGAGGCAGCCACGAUCUGAGCUAGAUCUGGUCGGGAGUCGAGACAUUCAUUUUACCAACUCCGACCUGUCACGUCAUCAAAAUCCUGUCAGCCUUCCGACAAGCGAGUCCCCCGCUGAUGAUAGCAGACGCAGCAGCCAUCGUAAGCUGCUCCCUAAUCUGAAGGAGCUCUGGCUCGUCGACUGUCCCAAGCUGGGAGCUCUUCCGGGAGGCCUUUGCCCGACCAACUUGAAAUUACUCUACAAGGAGCGCACUCACAGCAUCGUAGAAAUCAAGAACCUCGACUUUUUGACUGACAACCUCUCUCUCAAGCAUAACCACAGCUUGCGGCGUAUAUCAAAUCUCCCCUCGCUGAAGCAUCUGCAAGUGGAUGACUGCCCGAGCUUGGAGUACGUGGGAGAUCUGGCUGGCCUGCAACACCUGGAAUUGUCUUGUCCACCACCAGCGGAGUGCCUGCCGCCAUGGCUGUCGGAUCUCGUGGAGCAGCAGCAAAGUUUCAGAAAGCUUGAGCUGCAGUGCAGCUUGCCAUUGUUGAAGAGGUGUCUCGUGGGCGAGGUCAACUGGGAGAUCAUCCGCCAAAUACCGGAGGUCAGGAUUCGGGCCAUCGAUGCCAACGAGUUCAUUUGGUAUAACAAGGAUCCAUACAUGUACGACACCAACGUAGGUUCAGCAUGAGCAGAGUCGCCGUCUCUGUAAGUCGUGUUCUUCUUCUCAUUCCGGUUGCCUUGCGUGCUUUUUUUGGUUCACACGGACGCCAACUUCUUCUUUCUUCCAGGAUUACUCGGCAGUCUUGUGCUUGGUCUAUCAGACAAAUUAGUCGUCGUCGUCGUCUGUGUAUGGUGUGUCAUACGCUUUCCUCUGUUCCGAAUGUCUUGUUUGCAUUUAAUUUUUGCUUCACAUGUAUGGUCUCAACUUCUCUUUUGCAGGAUCGAUCAGAAGUCUCUUUGAUUGGUGUUCA